AUGGUGGUUGCCUUCCCUCAAGAGGAUGCCAAGGUCUGCCAGGUGAGCUUCCGGCGCAACGUGCCGCUGCUGAUUCUGCAGCACGCGUCCCUGGACGGCGGGCGCAUGCGCCUCGGGGAGCGGAAAACCUUGGACCUCCGGAAGGCCGGCAGUGUGUGCGCAGACAGUGAGAAGGUGUCCAUUCUCUCGCCGGGAUCGGCGGGUGGAGCACCGCAUCUCAUUUUGGAGCUGCACAUGGACGACAACGCGGAGAUCCAGACCUGGGCCCAAGCCUUACGCACCGCCCUGGAGACCAACGCCAAGGCCAAGCCGGCGAGCCCGGCCAGCGCCUCGGGCGAGUGCGAGGCGCUGAAGGCGAAGAGCGCGAAGCUGCAGCAGCGCAUCGCGAGCCUGGAAACCUUGAGCGAGCGCCGGGACAAGCAGAUGAAGCGACUGCUGAAGCGCCUGGACGGGGCCAUGCAGAUGCUGGAGGCGCUGGAGGACAUGUGCGGGCAGCAGCGCAAGGUGAUCCAGGCGCAGCAGCAGGCCAUCGUGGCCUUGAAGGAGGAAGGGGUAGAUACAGAGACGGCGCCGGGUCCCGCAAAUCCCGCAAGCCCCGCGGGCCCCAGCUCACCUGAGAGAGAAGAGGAGGAGGAAGAGGAAGGAGAGGAUGGCGACGUCAGCGAGGAGAAGCUGAUGGCACUGCUAGCGCAAGCAGAUCAGAUGGAGAGGGCCCUGAAGCAGAUGGAAGCCUUAGGAAUCACCUUUUGGAUGACUCGAUGA